AUGUCAUCCAAACACAUACUAAGAGUGGUUCCACUCUUAGAGCGAUUGUCUUUAAUCCGUUUCGCCAACGAGUCCGGAGUCACUCGACUCCAAGAGGCCAUCGAGUUUGCCGACCAAUUGCGCGAAGUGAAUGUCGAUGGCGUAGAGCCCAUGAUAUCACCGAAUGAGACCAAAUGCACGCUCCUGAGGCAUGACAUCGCACACCACACCACCAAAGAANGCAGUCAGUGUGCACUCAAUGCACUACACUACAAAACGGUGUUUGUGUUUGUGUUGAGUGCCGCCAGGGCUGGGGGACUGGCCACCGGACCUACAGUCCCACCGAUUUAA